AUGGCAGCAAGAAGAAGAUCGGGCGAGUUACGUCGACUCGGCAACCAAUACCUUUCAGAACUGAUAAAACAGAUGGCGGGAAGCGCAGAAUGCCUGAGAAUGGCAGCAAGGGUCUUUGUGUAUGGUACGUUGAAGCGUGGUGAACCCAAUCAUCAAUGGCUAACGAAAAAGGAGAAUGGACAAGCAAAGUAUCUGGGCAAGGGGAUAACGGCUAUUAAAUUCCCCCUGGUGGUGGGCACCCGUUACAACAUUCCUUUUCUGCUCGCCUGCCCAGGCGUGGGAAAUAACAUAGAAGGCGAAGUCUACGAAGUCGAUCAGGCCAUGUUUUCCAAAUUGGACGAACUGGAAGAUUACCCAAACUAUUACGAUCGCGAAGAGCAAACCAUUUUGGUGGAGGAGAAUGAAACCACACAGUGUUGGCUGUACCUGAUCCGCAAUUUCCCAGACAAGAUGUUGACCAAAGAGUUGCUUACCUCGUACCACAACACUCCGGAACAGCCGUACAGCGAGAACUACCUAGACAGUUGUCCGGAUGAUCUUGUUAUGGAUGACUAAGACACGGGACCUUAUAAAAAAAAAAUAACGUUUAUAAACGGAUUUCAACGCA